AUGUUGAGUGAGACAAACGACGUUAAACCAAAACAAAUAUCGAGCGGCUCUGUCAAUGAUCAUCCACCAAUUGAUAUCAACGGUGAUAUUCAAUUUGAAAAUAUCAAUUUUGCUUAUCCAACUCGGCCAGAUAUUCUUGCUCUCCGAGAUCUUAAUCUGAUUGCUCGUGCUGGUGAGACAACUGCUUUAGUUGGUUCUAGUGGCUCUGGCAAAAGCACUUGUCUAUCACUUCUUCUUCGCUAUUAUGAACUUUCAUCAGGUCGAAUCACAAUCAAUGGUCAAUCGAUGACUGAAUGCAAUCAUAAUGAACUUCGAAAGAAUAUCGGUGUUGUUGGUCAAGAACCUGUUCUGUUUGCUACGACUAUCUAUGAGAAUAUUCAUUAUGGUCGAAAGGAUGCAACAAAAAUUGAGAUUGAACAAGCAGCAAAACAAGCAAACGCACAUGACUUUAUCAUGAAAUUAGCUCAUCAAUAUGAAACUAUAGUCGGAGAACAAGGUAUACAAUUGAGUGGCGGUGAAAAACAACGUAUAGCUUUGGCUCGUGCUCUACUCAAAAACCCAAAGUUACUCUUACUAGACGAACCAACAAGUGCACUUGACAAUGCCAGCGAAAAAGUUGUUCAAGAAGCACUUGACCAUUCAUGCCAAGGUUAA